UUUUAAUGGGUGUUUUGGUAAUUUCGAGUUCCAGUACAAGACCUAGGGUUUCCAGCUCUCUUAUUAAAUCCACCGAGAAACCCUAGGGCCCUUUCUCUCUCUUCCCCCGUCUCUCUCAUCACAGCUUCGGAGGCGCUUCUCAGCCCCGUGUCUUAUUUGCAAAGAUGGUGAGAGUUAGUGUUCUGAAUGAUGCUCUCAAGAGCAUGUACAAUGCUGAGAAGCGGGGAAAGCGCCAGGUCAUGAUCAGGCCUUCAUCAAAGGUGAUCAUCAAGUUUCUUCUUGUGAUGCAAAAGCAUGGGUACAUUGGAGAGUUUGAGUUCGUCGAUGACCACAGGUCUGGGAAAAUUGUGGUUGAACUUAAUGGGAGGCUAAACAAAUGUGGUGUCAUCAGUCCUCGAUUUGAUGUGGGUGUGAAAGAGAUUGAGGGAUGGACUGCUAGGUUGCUUCCUUCAAGACAGUUUGGGUUCAUUGUGCUGACGACGUCUGCUGGGAUCAUGGACCAUGAAGAGGCAAGGAGAAAGAAUGUUGGUGGAAAAGUGCUGGGCUUCUUUUACUAGGCUGAAGUAGUCCAAAUAUGUUAUAAUCUUUCGCUCGAGUUUUUUUUUUUUAUGUACUAAACUUGUUUACGAGCAAGAUAGUUCAUUGUUGGGUUUAUUACCGAUUUUGCUUCAAAUGCAAAUUCCAGCAUAUUUCUUAA